AUGAUCGACACUUCAGCUUUGGAUGCUGUGAUACAACAAGUCCUGCCAUUUAUUAGGUCGUUUAGAGAGGAGUCUCCAAGGCCAUUCAUUCUGGGUCUUUCGGGCCUUCAGGGAAGUGGCAAGUCAACUUGGGCUACGGCUCUCACAGACGCACUCAACACGCAAUACGGCAUCAACACAAGGACGCUGUCACUUGACGAUCUCUACCGUGACCAUGAGAAGCUGGUAGAGUUACGGGAAUCCAAUCCAGGAAACGGUCUCCUCCGUACCCGCGGGCAGCCCGGUACACACGACGAGGACUUGGCCCGCCGUUUCUUCGAUGACGUUUUCGACAAAAUUUUAGCAGAGGCUAGUUCCGGAUCUAUCAAAUGGCCCGCAUUCGAUAAGAGUCUGUUCAGUGGUGAGGGUGGCAGGGUUCCUGUGGAGGAGUGGGAAAAGGUACCCCGGAGCCCACCUUUGGAGGUUCUCAUCUUUGAAGGGUGGUGUCUAGGAUUUCAGCCUCUUUCGGAUCUUGCAGUCGAGGACAAAUGGAGGAAAGCAAAGGAGCAUAUCACUAUUAACAACUCCAAGGAUACUCAACUUUCCACAACGACGUUGGCAGCCCAUCAACUGGACCAUCUUCUCCUCAUCAAUAAAAAUCUGCAGAGGUAUUGCGAAACCUUCAUGGGCCCCUGGCGCUUCGACGCAUUCCUUCACCUCAGCACAGACAAUUUAGUCAACGUCUACCACUGGCGUCUGGAUCAGGAGAGAGCAAUGCGGGAGAAGAAACGUGCGGGUAUGACAGAUGCGGAGGUUGUACGAUUUGUUCAGGGCUACAUGCCCGCUUACGAGUUGUACCUAGAAAGGCUAACGCAUGAGUCCUUUUUCCCGGAACAAGAUGGCUGGAAGAAAUGUCAUGUUCGCGUCAUUCUAGACUCUAAUCGAAAAGUUCUAAGCGUCUGUGAGGCGUAG